AUGGGCUCCGCGGUACUACCGAUGCAGCGGUUCCUACCAGCCGCAUACGACGACGGCAUUCAAAGCAUCAGGAAAUCCGCAGGCCACUCCAAACUACCAUCGGCGCGAGAAAUUAGCGCAAAAAUCCAUCGAGAUAAAGACCAAGAGCUCCACGCGGUGACGCUCAUGUUUAUGCAAUGGGGUCAAUUUAUCGAUCACGACGUCACGUCGGUAGUCAAAACGAGAGGUUUCAAUGGAACGGUGCCCAGGUGUUGCGAUUUAAUCGGAAGGCGAGCGCUGCCCGAAGAACUAUCACAUCCGGCUUGCCUGCCGAUUGAAGUGCCGGAGAACGAUCGGUUUUUCGAAAAAUCCGGCGUUCGCUGCAUGGAAUUCACGCGAAGCGCUCCCACCGCGAACUUCAAUUGCCAUUUGGGCUGGAGAGAGCAAAUCAACCAGGUAACUUCAUUCCUAGACGCCUCGAUGAUUUACGGAAGCGACGCGGAGACCGCGGAGGCGAUCAGAACGUUCAGAAAUGGGAACAUUAUUUACGGAAGGCUCCGUCGUGGUGGUGAGCUGAUGCCUCCAGAUCCACCGGGAGGCGAGCUGUGUAAAGCUGGAGCUUUGACUGUGGAUUGUUUGCAACCUGGUGAUGGUAGAUUGGCCGAGCAACCUGGUCUUACCUCAUUGCAUAUUGUCUGGGUGAGGUAUCACAAUCGAAUCUCCAGCGAUCUUGCUAGAUUGAAUCUCCAUUGGAGCGAUGAAAAGAUCUUCCAGGAAACCCGAAAAAUCGUUUAUUCGCUGAUCCAGCACGUGACAUACAGGGAAUUUCUGCCUAUUUUACUCGGCCCCGAUGUUAUCCGAUUAUUCGACUUAGAGUUACUACCGAAGGGUUAUUACAAAGGCUACAACUCCACCAUCGAUCCUACAAUUGCUAACGCAUUCAGCUCGGCUGCCUACAGAUUCGGGCACAGCAUGGUCCAGAACUCUUUCAUCAGAACCGACCACAAACACCGACUAAUCUUCAACAAUGUGUCCCUUCACGAUGAACUCGCCAAUCCGGAGAACAUCUGGAGCUUCGGGCUGGAUCUGAUCGCUAUCAACAUCCAGCGCGGCAGAGACCACGGCAUUCCAGCGUACUCAGCCUGGAGGGAGCCCUGCGGAUUGGCUCCGCUGAGAAACUGGAAGGAUUUGGAGAAGGUGUUCAAUUUGGAUACUUUGAGGCGGUUUAGGAAGGUGUAUCGGCACGUGGAUGAUAUUGAUUUGUUCAGUGGUGGUUUGGCCGAGAAGCCUAUUAGAGGUGCUGUUGUUGGGCCGACUUUUGCUUGCAUUAUAGCGCAGCAGUUUAGUAAUCUUAGAAGAGGCGAUAGGUUUUGGUACGAAAAUGCGGAUCCAUCAUCUUCAUUCACUCCCGCUCAGCUACAGCAGAUAAGGAAAAUCACGUUUUCUUCGGUGUUGUGCCACACAAUGGAUGAGAUUCAGACGAUACAGCCGUUUGCGUUUAUAAAAUCCGAUGAUGGUGGUAAUAGGAGAGUUUCUUGUAAUGAUAGAGUGUUGAGGAAUUUGGACUUGACCGCUUGGAUUGAAACUGAUUUAAACGCGAUAAAAAACAGGGCGAUUUCGAGGCAAGCUGUUGAUCCUCUGGAUGAUUCUUCCGGUAACAGAAAGCGACUGACCAAACUAAAAUAUCGUCGCAAGAAGAAACCGAACGUAGUGCGCACUACUAACAAACCGCAAGAUGCAAUAAAAAACAAUAUUAACCACGAUAAUCACAGCCCUUUAGAAGUCAACAUAAAAAUACAAUACUUCCCGACGAAAACCAAUCGGCCGGCUUCCAGCGAUGCUACACAGAAAAUACCACCAAACGCAAUGAACUACCAAGAAGACAAUUCCGCUAAUUACCCGAUAGUAAUUCAAACUAACGCGAAGCCCCAGUUUCCGAACAACAGGCCUACUGGUCACAUCGAUUACAACAAUCCUUACGAUUAUUAUCGGCCCACGCAAAUGAUGAAUCGACCUACUGCUGAAGUUUACGACACUCCGAUUUACCGACCAGCGGGUUCCAGCGACUACGACGAAAUCGUGUUCGAAGACAAACCGUUCAGCAGCAGCUCGAACAAACCCUACAAGCCCAUCACCGAUCAUUUUCUCUACGAGCAAGUUUACACCACGAAAAAACCGAUCUACCACCAACAAGACGCUCCUAACUACAAUUUAUAUCAUAAUUAUAAUGAGCAAGUUUCCAACAAAUUCAACGUUCCUAACGUGAUAUACUCGACCGGGGUCGUGCAUAGGGUCGAAGGGAUUGGUAUUAACGAUAAAUUAGACUUCAAGUCUAGGUUGGUGAACAGGAAUACAGCGAAGAAAGACGAGGAUAAGUUCGUGAAGAUUUCCUCAAUUAAAUCGCAUGCUGUUGUAUCGGCAUCGUCCAGUUCGGCUGUGAUUAACGCUGUACUGCAGAGAGAAGGCGAUGGGGAUAUUGUAGAAGUUGCUGAAGAUGGUGUUAGAAACGGAGAGCUGUUAAGAUUGGUCGAGUUGGAUGUAUCGCCUGGUGAUGUAGGUAACUGGUUAUACGUUGACGAAAAAGAAAAUCUACCAUCGAACAUACUGAUGCCCAAUAUGGAUUUUAAAGUACGAACCAGCGAUGAAAUUCCACGACCACUUAUCAACAAAUUCUAA